AUGGUCAAUGGGUUUCUUCCAAGCUACACCAGAUGGAUUUUUCACGGGGAAGAUUUACCGGCGUCUGUGCCAUUGAAUGAGAAUGUCAGUGAUUCGAAUGAUGGCGAUGAAGUCAAUGAAAUGAUAUAUGAGGGGUUCGGACUUCCUCCACCAAGCUUGGUUCAUCUUGCUAGUAAUGAGACAGGAAGUUCUAAUAUCGAACUAGGCCCGGAUAAGAAAACUGAAAGAUUUUUCAGUUUAUUGAAGGAGGCCGAAAGAGAGUUGUAUCCAGAGUGUCACAAGUUUUCAACGCUGUCAUUUGUUGUUCGAUUAUUGCAUAUCAAGUGCCUUAGUGGAUGGAGCGACAAGUCUUUCACGAUGUUGCUUAAACUUUUGAAGGAUGCAUUCCCAAAAGGUGAAACUUUGCCAAAGUCGUUCUAUGCAACGAGGGCACUCCUUAGGGAAUUGGGCCUCGAUUAUCACAAGGUACAUGCAUGCCCAAGAGAUUGCUCACUGUAUUGGAAGGAGACAGCUAGUAGGGAUGAUUGCAUAGUGUGUCAGACGCCUAGAUACAAACAGUUUGAGGGUGAGAAGAAUGAUUAUAAAACGAAGCAACAAAGAAUUCCCCAGAAGAUUGUGAGAUACUUUCCUUUGAUUCCAAGGCUUCAAAGAUUGUUCAUGUCAUCCAAAACUGCUUCAUUAAUGAGAUGGCAUGUAGAGGGCCGAAUUGAUGAUGGCAAAAUGAGACAUCCUGCUGACUCUCCUGUCUGGAAAAAUUUUGAUACUUUGUAUCCCAAGUUUGCGAGUGAGCCUCGCAAUGUCAGACUAGGUUUAGCAGCGGAUGGAUUUAAUCCAUUCAAGGCAAUGAAUGUUGCUCACAGCAGUUGGCCAAUUAUUGUAAUGCCUUAUAAUUUGCCAACGUGGUUGUGCAUGAAACAACCUCAUAUGAUGAUGAUAUUGCUCAUUGAUGGUCCUUCUUCACCUGGCAAUAACAUUGAUGUCUACUUGCGCUUGUUAGUGGAUGAACUGAUUGAAUUGUGGGAAAAUGGUGUUCAGACGUACGAUGCAAAAACUAAUCAAAUGUUCCAAUUGCACGCGGUCUUAUUGUGGACAAUAAAUGAUUUUCCUGCAUAUGCAAAUUUGUCUAGAUGGAGCACGAAAGGUGCUUUAGCUUGUCCUUGUUGUAACAUACGUACUCGACAUCGGUAUUUGAAGAAUGGAAGGAAAAUUUGUUACAUGGGGCAUCGCCACUGGUUGAAUGCGAGUCAUAAAUUUCGAAAAGAUGGUGCGUCUUUUGAUGGAACUUCUGAAUUUGAACCAUGUCCAACUCAGUUAUCGGGGGCUAAUGUGUUACAACAGCUAGGGCCUAAGCAUUAA